AUGACUUCAAGAUUAGUCCUAUGCCUCGGUGACCUCUUCAUCCCGGACAGGGCCGCGUUCAGGAAGCUCCUCGCCCCGGGCAAGAUCGGGCAGAUACUAUGUCUGGGUAAUCUCACCGACAAGGAUACCUACGACUUCCUGCGCAGCAUCGCGCCCGACCUGCAGAUCGUCAAGGGCGACUUCGACGUCGAGGCGCCCAACCUCGCCCUCUCCAAGGUCGUCACCCACGGCUCGCUGCGCAUCGGCUUCACGCAUGGCCACACCAUCCUGCCCCCCGGCGACCCGGACAGCCUGCUGAUCGCCGCCCGCCAGAUGGACGUCGACGUCCUGCUGUGGGGCGGCACCCACCGCUUCGAGGCAUACGAGAUGGAGGGCAAGUUCUUCGUCAACCCCGGCAGCGCCACCGGCGCCAUGACCACCGGCUGGUGGACCGAAGAGGAUGAUCCCACCCCGAGCUUCGUGCUCAUGGAUGUUCAGGGAGACGUUCUGGUGCUCUAUGUCUAUCAAUUGCGCAAGGAUGCCAAUGGAAACGAAAACGUGGGCGUGGAGAAGGUGUCUUUCCGGAAAAACGGAGGCGGUCUGGAGUGA